GUGCAAUAUCCUGUGCCAUCCAGUGCUUCCUGCCGUUCCGACACCUCUCUUUCAGCGACUGCAUCGCAGUCCCACCUCUUCGCUUCACCAUCGCCGCCAACGCGCCUGGCGCCAUCUUCAGCCGCAGCUAUUCAGGGCUGACAAGGUGAGGAGCAGGUGAAGUGAAGCGCUCAGUGAUGCCAUCUUUGUGCCGCCGCAAUUGGCGUGUGCUCUGAAAUGCAGACUGCUGACCCGUCUGCAAGGAAGAGCAGCGUGGCUGUCCCCCGGCUGCCCCUUGUUUUUUGCGUGAGAAUCGUGAUGCAUGUGUUGAAGGAGGUGCGCGUCAACGAGGAGGACCAGACGCCCGUGCUCGGCGCCGCACUGCCCAACCCGCUGUCCGGGUUCAUCAACGAGCACGGUGGCGGCAACAACGCCAGCAUCCUCACCACCACGGACGCCCCAAGCCGCAUCUGGAAGACAGUGCCCAUCGAACAACACACGUGCCUGUCGGAUGUGGAGGAAUUCUAGCACGUUCAAGACGCUAAUGCUGCCAACCACCAACACCAGCAGCCUCGGCAGCACCGCCCGGGGUGAGCGAGAGACCGGCAGUGCGGCAGCGGCUAUCGAAACGAGCAGGCUGGAGCACUUGCGGGACUCGGCAAGUGCCGACCUCACUGCAAUAGACGAUGGGCCGACCAAGGCCCCCUUUGUGCGGAUCUUCGGCGCCCGCAUCGACCCUGAGCGACCGGCCAUGCUCGUCGAGGGCGAUAUCGAGACCCCCAUGGAACAAGUCCCACCAGGUGCGUCUGCGUGUCACACGAAAGAAAGGAAGGAGGGAAUCUAGAGAGGGGCAGAAAGAGAGGAUCUCAUAUUCUCUGUCCCGUGCUCUUCUUCUCUUCCGUGUGUGUUGACUCACUCAAUCAGGCGCCUACACGCCGCUGGAUGGGUUUCUGAGAGUGCAGUCGUUCACGGCCCAGCCUAGGCCGUUCUCGAUGGUCACUCGGAGGCUGAGCUGGUGAAUGGUGUGGGGCUGCUCGGUGGUGAGCAAGGGCUCCCAUAUCCGCUCCAUGUACUCGUGAAGGACCUCGCCCAGCAGCACAGAAAGGGCCUCCGCCCCAGGGCAAAGAGGAUGGCCACCUCCCUCACCCACAUCUUGGCUCACGGGCACCCCCGCCGCUUUGGACGAGGUGACGGCCCUGCUGCUGGUUUGGGAGUGGCGGGCCAAGGACAGUUCCAUGGGUAGCAUGACGGCGGCCGAGCAGCAGGCCGUGUGGGCGGCGGUGGCGAGGGCGGAGGACCGCAUGAGGGCGGCAGGCUACGAGCGGCUGUUUAAGUGCGGAGGCAGGGGCCAACGCGACGGCCGAGGACGACCAGAGGAUGGUGGAGGCCAUCUGUGCCAAGGCAGCCCUGGACCACAUCGACACAUUUCGCCACACCACCGACCCUCAUACCGGCCUCCCUCGAUUGCCCUCUCGCCCCACAGACGCCGCCCCCUCACUGCUCGACAGGAUGGACAGGGAGCCGCAUCUCACGUGGCUGAAUGGCGUGGCGGCGUGGCUGGCGAAUCUGGCGCUGCACGCAUGCCAGCCGGAGCUCACGGGCAGACACAUCACCUUGGAGCAGAUCGAGAAGAGCCUGUACGAGCUCCAUGAGUCCUUCAUGAAGGAGUCCUUCGUGGUGCAGGCCAGUGUGUGGGAGGCCCCAGCCACAGCAGACAAAGUGAUAGACCUGGCCAUCACCAUGUCGAACAAACAGGUGUGUGGCAAUGGACGAAAAGAAAGAGAGAGAGAGAGAGAGGUUUGUUUUACUCCUGUAUGCUUGCUGGAUUUGCGUGCCUGUGUGCAGGGGUGUGUGCCUCUGGUGCAUCCCUCACGUGGCGAGAAGCCAGGAGAGCCCCCCUCGGCAGCAGAGGGGGGCUCGGCGGCCGAGCGUCAGCAGCGCCGACGCCCCCUUCGCUGUUCCAGCAGACAGAGAAGCGCAUGGAGCGGCUGCCACACCGCCUCGUCACUGUGGACGAGCUGCUGAUGCAGAUGGAGCAGCGCAUCUCGAUGCCCACUGGGUGGCCAACAAGUAGACAGACAUGUAGAUUAGUCACUUUCAUGUCUCGCAUUUGCUCGUGUCCGUCUCAGGACAUCUCUGCACAUCGCUGCCCACGUUUUAUAUCUGAGUGGAGUGGAGUGUCCAAGGACAGCACCCAUCGCCUGUCGCCCAUGCAGAGAGCAGCGGGGUUGCCGACGCCAACCACCCCAUCGAGGAUGCCGGUGGUGUGUCUGGCCAUGGCGCGACGAAUGGGCUGGUUGUCGAGGGUAUGGGGAUGGUGGGGGAGCCGCUGGUCAAGGACGUCAGGCGAGAAGACACGUCGCCGGCAGAGGAGGGCGCCGACACCGCGAACGACACAGCCGGGAGGGAGGAGGCGGGCGAGAGAGAGGUGGAGAGGCAGGUGGACGAGGAGGAGCUGCCUGACGCUACCCCUGACACCACACAGCAGCAGCCGCCCGUCGAAAUAGCGCCGCCCGAGAGCGAGAGGGAGGGAGUGGAAGUGCAGGAGUUGGAGGCGGACCAACACUUACCACAGGUAUGUGCCUGAUGCCCGCCACAUGCACAUCCAUCCAUCCAUCCACAAAUGUUCUGUCUGUCUGUGUCUCUGUCUGUGUCUCUGUGUGCGUCUUGUCAGGUGUUCAAGUCUGACCCCGCACCUACAUCGCCACCCCAAGAGGUGCGCACCCCGGUCGUGGCCGAGCCAGCCAGCCUCUCCCGCACCCCCAGCAUCCCGCCGCACAUUGCUGCCCCCGCCGCUGCACCACCACCACCCACCAACUACACACCACCCUACCCCUACGCCACUGGACCACACCCCCUCGCAGCCGCAGCACCCAACCGGCACUCGCUCCCAAAAGCACCUAUGUGCCAGUGCCCGGCAUCGAGGCUGCAUUCGAGCCGCUGGCCAAGGUGCUGGUCCCCUGGCAUAUGGCGCCUCUGCGCGUCAGGCAGGACGGCCUUGAGGGGGGCUGGUACUUCAAUCCUCAGCAGCGCCGCUGGGAUCUGUGGGAGUGGGACGACAGCGUCGACAUGUGGGGCGUCAAGUCGUCCACCCAGGACUGGUGGAUGCGGGCGGCAAGUGCGACCUGGCAGUGGCGACCAGACAACGAGGAGCUGCGCCAGAAGACAGUGUCAGCCAUGUCGGCUCUGUGGGAAGGGGUAGUGGGCCUUUUCUCGUGUGAGUGCCAGUGAGGGCCCUGGGGGAGGGGAGAGGAGAGGAGGGGGCCGUGGCUGUGGGGUGGUGGCUGCAUGGGUGUUUGCUUGAGGUUGGUUGGCGUGUUGUCAUGCUUCAGAGAUCAUUCCAUGUUACAUAACUGCAUGGAGCGAGCGAGGCAGGAGGGUGGAAAAGAGGACCG